UCUCUUUCUCUCUCUCUUUCUCUCUUUCUCUCUUUCUCUCUCUCUUUCUCUCUUUCUCUCUUUCUCUCUUUCUCUCUUUCUUUUUUUUUUUUUUACUCCUGCACUUGGUGAUGCGUCUUGGUUGCGUGCCUCGGACUGCGCCUGGUGUGUGAUGGACCUCUGGAGGUGUCUGUGUCCCCGGGGUGCAAGAGGACACCAGCAAGCUUAGGACCGACAGUGAAAUCGGGCCCGGAGCGCCUCAUGUGUGGGGCUUCCUCCUCUGUGUUCUCGUCCCCACCUUCCUUCAUCCUCCCAGCUUCAGUGGGAUGUCCCAGGUGGGUCUCCUCUUGGCCUUGCUCGUGCUCUGCAGCUGCACAAAGGUGUCUUCAGCCACAUCCCUAGAGCGUCUGAAGGAACAGUGGAGCAGCUACAAGAACCAGUGUUUAGACUUUUUAAACUCUGUACCCCCCACAACAGGGGCAGUGUGUAAUAGGACCUUUGACCAGUAUGCCUGCUGGCCUGAUGGACUCCCUGGAACCACAGUCAAUGUCUCGUGCCCUUGGUUCUUGCCAUGGCAUUAUAAAGUCCAGCAGGGUUUGGUGUACAGAUUCUGUGGCAAAGAUGGUAGAUGGGCCCAGAAGAAUACCAGUGAAUGUGAGGAUGACCCUGGCCAGCAGUAUGGUCGCAUCCUCAGUCAGUUUCGGAUCAUGUAUACUGUGGGAUACUCACUUUCUCUGGGAGCUCUGUUACUGGCCCUGGGAAUCCUCAUCAGCUUCAGGAAGCUGCACUGCAUGAGGAACAACAUCCACAUGAACUUGUUUGCCUCCUUCAUCCUGAGAGCCGUGUCCAUUCUGGUCAAAGAUGCCCUGCUGACCCUUACGUUGGACCCCAGGGGCAGUGGUGAAAGUCGGGUUCAAACCUGGAUCAACAUACCGGCUGUCAUGUGGUGUCGGGGCGCUAUGGUGAUGAUGCAGUACACCGUGAUGGCCAACAACUAUUGGCUGCUGGUAGAGGGCAUCUAUCUGCACAGUCUGCUCGUCAUCACCGUGUUUAGUGAGAAGAAGUACUUUUACAUUUACAUGGCCAUCGGUUGGGGAGCACCGCUCGUAUUUGUUUCACCCUGGAUCACAGUGAAGUACCUCUAUGAGAAUGAAGAGUGCUGGGAGAGAAAUAUUAACAUGGGAUUCUGGUGGAUCAUUCGUUCCCCGAUAUUGGUUGCUUACCUGAUAAAUUUCUUCAUUUUUGUACGAAUCAUCAAAAUCUUGAUGUCUAAACUCAGAGCUCAUCAGAUGAGAUACACAGACUACAAAUUCAGGUUAGAUUUUUUUUUUUAAUGUAAUUUCAUUGUCGACUUGCUGCUAUUCAUGGGGGAAAGGGAUCGGACCAGACCAUGAAUAGUAAUUUUUCACAAAUAAUUGACAACUCCCUAAGAUUGAUGUCAGAUGUAGAUAUAAUUGCCUUGGGCAGAUGACCUAUGGCUUGCAACAGUGAGCCACAAGGCAACAUUCCAACAAAAAACAUGCAACCGAAUUCAAAUAAAGAGGAUAAAACAUACUAUUCCUAACUAAGGCCGAUUUUAUUCUGUUUGUGCUUAAGUCUUUAUUUUUUACACGCCUGGCUAGCACACCUUCAAGUUGUGGCUAUUCUUCCAUCCAGACAUCUGACACACCUUCCUUGCGUAAGUUGGAAGUUUGUGUACGGCCACCAAAGAGGCGUGCUUCCGUGAAGGUGGCCCCAAUUUCCAGAGCGUGGAGUUUCCAUGAGAGCUGUGAAUUCCAUAAAAAUGCAUUUGUUAAGUUAAAUUUUAGUGUGACAUUAACUUGCAUUGUAGAUCUAGAAGUUAUCUGAAUGGUCACAGACUACUUAGAGGGAGCAUCUGUUUUUGCAUUUUGCUAAAUCCAAUAAAAAUAACUUAAUAAGAUUCAAGCUGUGCUCAUGACUGAGCGCUGGUUUAGAGCAACAUGCAUUUGCACACAUUUGUGUUGCUCGUGCCUCUCCCGUGAGUGAGCCACUUUAACGGAUUUCGAUCAGCAUAGAUUAAAUGAAAGCAAAUGAUUCAAAUCUGACUAAUGGCUCCAUUACGAGGACUCCAAUUAUUGGUGAGCAACGCGUUCAAAGACCCAGCCUGCAAAAAGGUGAUACAAAAAAAGUCCCCAGCACUGAACUCUUCUUUUUUCGCCCUAAAUGUUAAUAUUUGGCCAUGGACAUAAUGUUGUCGGGACACAUUAGUGCAGUCGGUGAACCCCUGAGACGCUGAAGCUCGAGUCAGCUGAUCGGCGGGUGACAGCUGCGACUGUGACAGCUGUAAUGACUCCAAACAUUCAAUAUGAUGUUUCACCUUGGGGCGCUGGCCUUACUCAGCCUCUGGAGUGUGCAAGAGGAAAGGCACCUCAGUCUAUGAGAGAAGGCGGCAUAAGUGAGGUAUCAAGAGGAGGGCUCAAGAAUGCUCAUUUCAGGGUCACUCCCUUUAUUUAUAGUGUAUAAGUAACACACUUAAGUCCACGGGAGGAUCUGAGCAGCCAGAAAAGUGUGCAGCUGUGCGCCUUUCCUGACUUAAGCACACACGAGAAUGUACCCCAAAUGGCACGCAGCCAACAGCUGUAGCCUAUAUUAGUAUAGUACACAUGUAUUAAAUGGGAACGACUAACCUGAGCCGUGAGGCAACUGUCUUGCAGACACUUCAAUGGUUUAGCCCAGGGGUGGGCAAACUUUUUGACUCGCGGGCCGAACUAGGUUCUAAAUUUGGACCGGAGGGCCGGACAAGGAGCAGAUGGACGUAGGCGUUGUGUGAAGUCAUAUAAGCGACCUGUAAAGGUCAUUGCAUAAAAGAUCUUGGCCUUUAGUAGGUAGUAAAGCAUGGAUAUUCCAAACAAUUUUUUUGAAAACAAAUGCAUUUAUUAACAGCAUUAAAAAAAUAAUAAUUCACUAAAAAACUGCUAUCAGUGAUUCUCAUAAAAUACGACACUGUUAUUAUGAAUAACAAUCUCCAUCACUUCAGUGCCUGCAGGUCAGAUUAAUGAAAGAUGUUUAUCUUAUGAGAUCACAUCAAACGGCAAACAUUCUGACCAAAUAUAUCAUCUUGAAGAAUCGGUGAAAGCAUACAUCCAAAUAAAGUAAUCAAAACAGCAACACGGUGAGGGGUAUCUGAAAAUCAGAGCAGAGUUUUAACUCGCAAACACCUGGUAACAGAGGUGAGGAAACGGGAAACACCUCCUUAAAGUAAGCCUUAAGAACUUUACAGGUUAAGAUUAGUCGCAAAUAGGGGGUGCAUCAAUGUCCUUGAGCAUCCUGCAUUGUUUGAAAAUGAGAAUGGUCGCUAGUUUCAAUCCCUGCUAUGUGUACAAAUCAUAUUCAAAAUGCAUUUUUUUACAAUAAACUUGAGAGCCUCCCGUUCAUUUUCAGUGGGAACAGUGUUGUUGGUCUCCCUUUUUUGCUAGUGCGUCAUAGUCUGGAGUAAAAUUUGUUGUGGCAAUUCUUAGGCGAGAUCCGAGGUGUUGGUCCGUUUACCUUGAUCUGUGACGGGUUGAUGUUGAUGUGGCUGAACGUCACGUCGCGUACGUCGAGCCAAAUUGUCCACUCUUUUUUAACAUUCGGCACUCACUUCUUUUUUUCGGGCCACUCAUUUUAAUGGAAGGAUUCCAGGGGAAGGUUUGUGGGUGGCUUUAGCGCAAAACUGCAUCUGAAAGCUCAGCGCGCGAAUUAUAAGAAUGCUGUCGUCAAAGCCCACGCUCUAAAUUCGGGACUGAUACGAAUAGAGCGAGAGUGCGCCAAGUCCGUACUACUGAGUACGUACACGCACUUGUGAGUGUGCACCGAGCUUUCUGACACGGCUUCCGGUAGUAAAUGCGCAGGCGAGCGCUUCGCCAUCUACUGGGAAAACGCAGUCAUUGCAGGCAAAAUGGCCCAAAAAAAAAGGUUUAAUAAUACAAUUUGUUCAGGGUUGGCGGGCCGGAUUAAACGGUCCCGUGGGCCGGAUGUGGC